AUGAAGGAGCUGACGUGUUUGGACUGUAAUAAGCAGUUUGAUCCUCAACAUGGACAUUGCUGCUUAAAUAGCCGUUGGAUGCUGAAAAUUGGAGACGGAAUCAACAGGAUGCAUAAAAUUAUGAAUAGUCAAGACCUUGAGGGACAGGAAUCCUUCUCUGUGCCUCGGCAGCAAAUACCUCGUUUGCCAUCGGUUUCUUCUGAUAUAUUCAGCAGAAAUCACGAUUCUUACACAAAUUCCAGUUUAUCGCGACAAGUGACUAGCGAAACUGUUCAACACACUUCUUCCUGUUCGGAAAACUCUGUGAAGUACAACAAAUGCUCCGUAACUGACUUCCAAGCAGUUCCUGGUCCUUCCCGAUUGACCUUCAGUGAAAGCACAGGAAGUGUGUGUCAGAAAGAAUUUCAAUCCAAACCAAACCAAGCCGAGUCUAUUAAUGUAAUACAGUCCGCAAGCAACGUUUGUGACAAAGUAUUUAAACCAACAGAUAGUUUUAGAAAGCGCAUGCAAAACCAAGAGGGAGAAAAAGAACACAGAUGUGACUUCUGUGGAAAAUCGUUUCAGCGUAAGACAGAUUUACAGAGACACACACGGGUUCAUACAGGUGAGAAACCAUUCAUUUGCGCUGUUUGCGGGAAUCGAUAUCAAAGAAAGAGUCAUUUGACGAGACAUAAUAUGAUUAGCCACAAUGGACCAAAAUUUUCAUGUGAAAUUUGCGGAAAAUUAUAUGCUCAAAAGCUUUAUUUAAAGAUGCAUGCUCGCCAGCACGCAGAUGAAAAACUAUAUGAAUGCGACACCAGUGGGAAAUAA